GAUGCCGAUGAUGACGUGUCCGACGACGACGACGCGUCCGACGACGACGCGGGCGAGCGCGCGACGCGCGACGCGGGCGAACGCGCGACGCGCGACGACGACGACGACGACGCGCGCCGUCGCGCGCGACGACGACGACGCGCGCGAGGAACGGUCGACGCGACGCGCGAUCGUGAUGAUGACGGCGACGAUGCUGGCGACGGCGGCGACGACGCGCGACGACGCGCUGGCGUACGGCACGGGCGGGUGGAAGGAUUGCGAACCGAUAUGCGAUUCGCUGAAGAACGGACGCGCGGAGCAGUUGGCGAUGCAGGAGGAGAUGAUGCGGUCGAUGGGGCGGGACGCGAGCGCGAGCGCGAGCGAGGGCGAGAGCAAGCGAGAGCGCGAGCGGCGGGCGGAGCGCGAACGCGCGAGGGGAGGGAAGUGA